AGUUAUUUUAUGAAGCAUUUGAUUUAUACUCAGAAUAUCUGGUUUAGGUCUUCCUCUUUCUUUAACCACCACUGAAUUAGCUGUGUGAAUGCGAUUUGAUUUGAUUUGCUGGGAUCGUCCUUGGUUUUUACUCUCCAAAACCAGUUAUUAGAUGGUGGCUUCUGCGGUUGCGACAUGGCUAGUGGCCGCCUGCAUGUCCUUCUCCGGCGACACCCGUCUCAAGCCCUCACCGCCGGCGGCCCUGCCGUUGCCGUCUAAACGCCUCAGCCGUUCCGCCAGAAGAAAACUACAGGCGAUGACCAAAUGCAAUCAUUUCUCCGCUGCCGGUGGGUUGAUGUCGUCGAUAUACGGGUCGGGUAUUAUGAAUCUGUUGGAGCCCUGUGAGGAAUAUUAUAAAUCCAAACCCUUGUCUUCUUCUUCUUUGUCUAUUUUUGGUUAUGAAAAUCGUAGGGUUAAACAAACAGGUAAAGCUAUGGCGAUUGCUGUGCAGCCUGCGAAAGAACCGACAACGAAGAAGAAACCAGUGACGAAGAAACGAAGAGUGGUGGUGACUGGGCUGGGUGUGGUAUCCCCAGUUGGUGAUGUUGUAGAUGUUUUCUAUGAAAAUUUACUGGAUGGUGUUAGUGGCAUAAGUGAAAUCGAGUCAUUCGACUGCCAACACUUUCCUACUAAAAUUGCAGGGGAAAUUAAGUCGUUUUCAGCUGAUGGAUGGAUAGCACCGAAGCUUUCGAAACGGGUAGACAAGUUUAUGCUUUACUUGCUAACUGCCGGCAAGAAGGCGCUAGAAGAUGGUGGUGUUACAGAUGAGGUCAUGAAAGAAUUAGACAUAACAAAAUGCGGUGUCAUAAUUGGAUCUGCACUUGGUGGCAUGAAGAUAUUUCAAGAUGCGAUUGAGGCAUUGAGGGUUUCGUACAAGAAGAUGAAUCCAUUUUGUGUCCCGUUUGCAACCACAAACAUGGGUUCUGCAAUUCUUGCAAUGGAUUUGGGUUGGAUGGGACCAAAUUAUUCGAUUUCCACAGCUUGUGCUACGAGUAAUUAUUGUAUACUCAAUGCAGCUAAUCAUAUUAUCAGAGGUGAAACUGAUAUGAUGCUUUCUGGCGGUUCUGAUUCAGCCAUCAUCCCUAUAGGACUUGGUGGGUUUGUUGCUUGCAAUAGUCUUUCACAAAGGAACGAUGAUCCAACAAAAGCAUCACGCCCUUGGGAUGUGAGCCGAGAUGGAUUUGUAAUGGGAGAAGGUGCUGGUGUUCUCCUUCUAGAAGAGUUAGAACAUGCCAAGGCAAGAGGUGCAAAGAUUUAUGCCGAAUUCAUGGGGGGAAGUUUCACUUGUGAUGCGUAUCACAUGACUGAGCCUCAUCCUGAUGGGACAGGAAUAGCUUUGUGCAUAGAAAAGGCUUUGGCUCAAUCUGGGGUUGCAAGAGAAGAUGUAAAUUACAUAAAUGCCCAUGCUACAUCUACACCGUCAGGUGAUCUAAAUGAAUAUGAAGCUAUCAUUCGCUGUUUCGGAGACAAUUCUCAGUUGAAGAUAAACUCCACGAAAUCCAUGGUAGGUCACCUGCUUGGGGCUGCCGGUGCUGUUGAAGCGGUAGCUACUGUUAAGGCUAUACAAACGGGAUGGCUCCAUCCAAACAUCAAUCUUGAAAAUCCAGAUGUCGGCGUGGAUAAAAACGUGCUGGUGGGUGCAAAAAAGGAAAGAUUCGAUGUAAAGGUGGCGUUGUCCAACUCUUUUGGCUUUGGGGGGCACAAUUCAUCCAUCUUAUUCGCCCCGUACAAGGAUCAGUAACUUUACUAAGGCAUCCUUUCUUGUGUAGAUAUACAAGUUUUUAUGCAUAGUGACAUUACUCUUGAAUCGAGCCCAAAUCAGUUUUCUGGAUUUGAAAUGAUAGCCAUUCAAGUUAAUAAUAAAAAGCAAUCAUGCUGUAAUGAACUACUUUUAAAAAAAAAAACAGAUGUAUGUAUGUAUGUAUGUAUGUUCUGAUUAUAUUAGAAACCACCUACAUAUUUCUGAUGUUUGAAUGGGAACGACUAUUGGACCAACAAAAACAAGAUAAUUUCAUAGUUAUGAUGCUAGCUACCAAUAUGUAUUCAUAACUGAUUAUCUUGUA